UCAAGAAGCAACAGUGAUGGAUUGUCCAAGCUCCCACCAAAGUCAUGGGUUCUGCGACCUUCGUCCCCCUUAAAACGUUACAGAGGAAACCAAAAAAAAAAGGAAAAUGUAUAACAUCAGAGCUUAGCAAAAACCGGUAACAACUUUUGUUUCCCUUUGUUAAAUUGACCUUCAUGGGCAUCCCAAAGGUCUCUUUGGCUUUCAUUUUGUUGGCUGUCAUGUUUGGGCAAAGGAUCCAGGGAUCUCAACAACCGGCAUGCAAUUUGAAUGACCUAACAGCCCUCAAAGGUUUCAUCAAGUGUUUAGAAUCAGAUAUUGGCGGAUGGAACUGGAACAGCCUCAAUUGUUGCUCCUGGACGGGUAUCACUUGUGAUAAUUCCUCUGUUUUAAAUGAAAGAGUGGUUGGGCUAGAACUUGGGAACAAAAGACUUUCAGGAACGAUAUGUGAGAGUUUGGUUGGACUGGAGCAACUACGAAUCCUGAACCUCUCUCAUAAUUCUCUCGAUGGUGAAAUUCCUACCAAAUUGUUUCGUUUCCAGAACCUGGAAGUCCUUGACUUGAGUAACAAUUAUUUCGUUGGUUCACUUCCCACCAUAAUCCAUUUGCCCUCAGUGAAGUAUUUUGACCUUUCAAAGAAUUAUUUCUCUAGCAUCCUUACCUCAGAAAUUUGUAAAACUUCUUCUAAUAUCCAGUAUCUUGAUCUUGCAAAUAACUUGUUCGGAGAAACUUCAACAUAUUUGGAGAAUUGUACUUCAUUGCAGUAUGUUUAUCUUAAUGGCAAUGGUCUAUCUGGAACUUUCCCUGAGAAUUUAUUCCGGUUACAACAUCUUAGAAUACUGCACCUUCAAGAAAAUAGGUUCUCAGGGCCUCUGAAUUACGGAAUUGGUAACAUCUCUAACCUCGUUGAAUUGGAUAUCUCUUCCAAUGGCUUCGAUGGAAGUCUUCCAGAUGUUUUUGGGAGACUGAGAAAGUUGGAGUCCUUCUCUGCCGGCUCAAACAUAUUAAGUGGCUUAUUGCCUAUUUCUUUGGUGAAUUCUCCUUCGAUUUUGAUGAUUGAUCUGCACAACAACAGUCUGGAUGGUCCGGUAAGUAUAAAUUGUUCUGUAAUGACCAGUAUCACCUCACUUCGUCUUGCUUCUAAUAAUUUUCAUGGUCCAGUUCCUGAUGGUCUAUCCUUUUGUCAGAGCUUGAGAAGUCUGGAUCUUGCACGUAACAAAUUCACCGGUGGGAUUCCAUUCCACUUCAAAAAUCUGCAGGCACUGCAAUUCCUCUCUCUCUCAAACACUAGCAUCAAUAAUAUAUCCACAGCACUUGAAAUUCUUCAAGACUGCAAGAACUUGACCAUUCUGGUCCUUGGUUUGAACUUUUAUCACGAACAGAUGCCUAGCAACGUCAAUUUGCAGUUCAGAAGUCUUAAGGCACUUAUUAUUCCAUUUUGUUACCUUAGAGGUUCCCUUCCAAUGUGGUUGAGGGGUUGCAAAAUGUUGCAAUUUCUGGAUCUGUCUUGGAAUUCAUUGGGAGGGUCCAUUCCUUUUUGGGUAGGCGAUUUCAGAUAUCUCAUUUACUUGGACUUGUCUAACAAUUCCUUUUCCGGAGAAAUACCAGAAAGUUUAACUGGACUUGAUAGUCUUGUUAACGAUACUGUUCAACUGAAGGAACUCUCGGCAGGCUUCCCAAUGGAAAAAAGCAUAGAACAAGGUGGGCCGCGCUUGAUUUAUAACAAUAUAUGGGGCUUGCCAGCGACUAUUGACUUGAGUUUCAACAAGCUUACCGGACCAAUCUGGAUAAGCUUUGGAAAUUUGAAAAAGCUUCAUGUUUUGAGUUUGAAAGGGAACAAACUUUCAGGAACCAUUCCAGAUAGUGUAUCAGGGAUGACAAACUUGGAAGUGUUGGAUUUGUCUUGUAACAAACUCUCUGGCGAAAUACCUAAUUCUCUGGUACAUCUCAGCUUUUUGUCAAAAUUCAAUGUAUCAUACAAUGAGCUCUAUGGGAAUAUACCUUCAGGAGGUCAGUUUAUGACAUUCCCUUAUUCAAGCUUUGAAGGGAACGAGGCUCUCUGCCAUGGAAUAAUUAGACCUUGUCAAACAAAACUGAUUCCUCCAAUUGUGUCCCCAGGUAAAGGAAUGAAGAUUGUGGAUUGGAAUUUUGGUAUUGGAUUGACAGUUGGUUUCGGUCUCACUGUCGCCUUUUGCUUCAAGUCUGGCUGGGUACUUUGCAAAGGAUGAGAAGCAUAUUCUUUAUAUAUAUAUAUAGCUCCUCUGCUUAUCCCCAUAUGGUUCUUUCUUCUUCCUUUAGUUUCUCUUAAAUUUGUUGAUGUUGUAAUGAUUGAAGAUAAACCGUAAAGCUUACUAUCAUAGUUCUAAUUUAUGAUAUUUUCCAUAACAGCCACCGUCUGGAACUUCUGUACCUUCAAGCCUUCACCUUCUGUGACUCCAAGAGAAGAAAAAUGAAAUGUCUUGUUACAUCAGCCAAAUAAUUAUAUUCUACUAUCAACGUUUCAAAUUUACAAUUUCCACUCUUGCAAAAAUAAUGAUCAACGAAAUAUGCAGAAUCUCUGCCUUAACUUUUUCCUUUCAACUAAAGAAUUGAAGGGAAGGAGCUGAUACUUUUCCACUGAGGUAAAAUAAUUGGAGAAACCAUCAUUCCUAUCCUUGCAAAACGUAAAACGGUAAAAUUUCUAUAUAAUAUAUGGCCGUGGCUGUUAGAUGCAGUCCCAAAAGCAGCUCGUUCAAACAGGAUGGUUGCAUUCUCCGGCACAUUUUGCAUAAUCACACACCUUCCAAGCCCUUCCAUUCCUGGAACUCAUCAACUGAACUCUUCUUUUCAGGAAUUAACCUUUUCCUUGCUUGGCAUCUAUGAUAUUGAAGU